GGGCGACUUCUCACUACUGCAGUUCGUUAACACACUGAAUCAAACGGAGCUCGAACCACGACACGUCAUGACGGAGAGCAGCACGGCAACGAAAUGCCGACCAAACGCUGGCUCAUGAUGAAGCGGUAUUAAACAAGCGGAGACGAGCUUGUAUCAUCUCCUGAAGCCCAGAGCGUCCAUCCAUCUGCUCAGAUGAUGCUGAUACUGCUGCUGCUGAUGAUGGUAGCGCAACCUGCGUGAUUUCCUGCUGGAACUUCCCAAUUUUGCUUCCUUUUAGGUGAGAUUCAGCCCAUCUGACAGAAUGAUUGAGGAGGCAAGCAAGAGUGGCAAGGUCACCGUGGAGAAGAGACAGCUCUUCAUGGAAAUGAGAGCACAGAACUUUGAUGUUAUCCGCCUGUCGACAUAUCGCACAGCGUGUAAGCUACGGUUUGUUCAGAAAAGAUGCAAUCUUCACCUGGUGGACGUGUGGAACAUGAUCGAGGCGUUUCGUGACAACGGGCUCAGUACUCUGGACCACAACGCAGAGAUCAACGUGUCGCGGUUGGAGACCAUCCUCUCCUCCAUCUUCUACCAGCUGAACAAGCGUCUGCCGACCACCCACCAGAUCAACGUGGAGCAGUCCAUUGGCCUGCUGCUCAACUUCAUGGUGGCCACCUAUGACAGUGAAGGCCACGGAAAGCUCACAGUUUUUGCCAUGAAGUCGAUGCUGGCAACCAUGUGUGGUGGAAAAAUUGUCGAUAAAUUACGAUAUAUUUUUUCUCAGAUAUCAGACUCCAGCGGGACGAUGGUGUUUCCUAAGUUUGACCAGUUUCUCCGGGAGGUCCUGAAGCUGCCGACGGCUGUGUUCGAAGGUCCUUCUUUCGGAUACACAGAGCACUCUGUGAGAACAUGUUUCCCUCAGCAGAAGAAGAUAUUGUUGAACACCUUCCUGGACAUUAUGAUGGCUGAUCCUCCCCCGCAGUGCCUCGUUUGGCUACCUCUCAUGCACCGACUGGCCAAUGUUGAGAAUGUCUUCCAUCCGGUGGAAUGCUCAUACUGCCGGAGCGAGAGCAUGAUGGGUUUCCGCUACAGAUGUCAGCAGUGCCACGGCUACCAGCUUUGCCAGAACUGCUUCUGGCGUGGCCAUGCCAAUGGUCCCCAUAGCAACCAGCACCAGAUGAAGGAGCACUCCUCGUGGAAAUCCCCAGCCAAGAAGCUGAGCCAUGCCAUCAGCAAGUCGCUGGGAUGUGUGCCAAUAGGAGAACCCCCACACCCUGUGUACCCCGAGGCAUCCGAGAGACCACAGGACCUGGCACAUCCUACUCAGCUGAAGCCAGUGUCCAACAACAUGAAUGAUACAGUUUUUGUGUCCUCUGGGGCCCCCACGCCCACCACCAGCACCACUCUGGAGAGUCCCAGCAGGCUGGAUGAGGAGCACCGUCUUAUUGCUCGCUAUGCUGCUCGUCUGGCAGCCGAAGCCAGCAAUUCUACACAGUGCCCUCCUACCGACCUGAGCUUCAACUUUGAUGCCAACAAGCAACAGAGGCAACUCAUUGCCGAGCUCGAGAACAAAAAUAGGGAGAUCCUUCAGGAAAUCCAGCGGCUGCGUCUGGAACAUGAGCAAGCCUCUCAGCCCACACCAGAGAAAGCUCAACAGAACCCCACUCUCCUGGCAGAAUUACGAUUGCUCCGGCACAGAAAAGAUGAACUGGAAAAGCGCAUGUCUGCUCUGCAGGAGAGUAGACGAGAAUUGAUGGUCCAGUUGGAAGGGCUCAUGAGACUGCUAAAGGAUGAAGAGCAGAAGGGUGCUCAGACAGGGGGCUCACCCCACUCCUCACCCAGCCACAGUGCCAGUUGCACCAUGCCCAUGCCCAUCCGCUCCACCUCCGCCGGCUCCACACCUACUCACACACCACAGGACUGCCUGGCCGGUGUCAGUGACGAUGUACUGGAUGCCUUCUCUCAGGGUGUACCUAGAAAUCUCCGUAAUGAUCUUUUGGUAGCUGCGGACUCAAUCACAAAUACCAUGUCAUCGUUGGUUAAAGAGCUCCACUCUGUUGAUGAUGGUCUGGAAGACGAGGAAGUGAACAUGAGAAACGGAAGGGAAAAAGUUGAGUCUGAGUAAAACAGUAUGGAAUUUUACAUUGUCAGCACAGAGGCAUUAUGGGAACAGGCACUCCACACCUUCAUUCUAAAUGUUUGGAUGUGACUGGCAAGAACCAGCGACAGCAAAACCCUUCCUGGCAUUAGCACAUAAAGUAAUGCAUGCUCUACCCGGCCAGGUUUCACUAUGUGAAAUGAACACUUCAUCACAUUUUACAGAGAGCAAGCUGUAUCUACUAAGGAGAAUAUAAAUAUAUAUAGUGCUAUAUGUCUUAUAUGUAUAAACCUGUUGUAAUUAUGUAACAUUUUCAUUCAUGUCUGCAAAGGAAUGGCUUGUUUGUGCUUUGUCAUAUCAAAAAUCUUUUGAUUUCAGUCUCCAAAACGGUCACACUGUGCAUAGUCGGUGUUAACACUGGGAACAACUCACUGAUCUCAGCUGCAGCUCUUUCCUAUUGGUGUCCUCCUCAGAUAAAACAAAAAAUAUUUUGUAGAAAUAGUGAAAAUGUUUUUGUUUGUGUUGUUUGAGUUUUGCAUGAAGUUUCAUAAAAGGAGGACCCUUGUCUUUGACCUGCAUGUGGCGUUUAUUUUUUACUGUGGUGAGCGUGGGAGUCCAUCUUCUUCCCUACUCUGAUCAUGUUCAUCCAAACUGCUGCUAGUCCACUCAGCCCAUGAUAAAGCAUUAUAAUGCCAGGUGUUUGUCAGGGAAUCUCUGAGGAUGCUACUUUGGACUACUUGUUAUUGUAGGUUGAUAUAUGUUUUAAACAUCUAUCUUCAUAUUGUACAUCCCUCGAAAGCCUUCCAGUUGCUUCUCAGUCAGAUCGAAAUGGCGGUGCAUUAAAAAAAGCAGUUUGUUUCAAAGAGUUGAAAGAUGUAGUAAUAGCUGUAUACUAGUUCAGUUGAAGUGCAAAUGACUUUCUGUUCACUUCAAAAGCUUUUUAGUCAGUAGUCAUGCUCUAAAUAAGUGAAACUGGUGCUCAGGGACUAGGGACAGUGGCAAUGAAAGAAGCGAACAAAUUCAUGGCAUUGACUUCAGCCCAGGAACGUUUGCAGAUCAAAGAUUAGUACAGACCAUAAAAUCCUUAGAAAUUGGCCGGAUUGGCCGAAGGGAGUCAACAGAGCUGCUGCAGGAAGUUUUUUCUGGACUGUGUAGAGAGGAGAUAAAAUUUACAGUGGUGAGAGAGAGGAAAUAUUUGAGGAGUGCGGUUGGAUGGGGAUGGAGACGGGAUAGGUUUGGGGUUUAGGGAUGAGGGGUAUAGGCUUUUAGGGGCUCUGCAUAAAUAUUUUGUUGAUCUCUUAGAUUUGAAAGUUAUACAGUACAGAGCUUUACAGUUAUGAGCAAGAAAAUUAUACCGUACUUGAAUUUAAAAAAAAUAAUAAUUCAGGUUCAAUAAUUUCUUUCAUCGAAAUAUAGUGUAUAUAACUGGUGUUCUGUUUAUUCUAAUGCUUUAGGGGAAUUUGAAUGGCAGUUAAUUAUUGUUAAUUAAUAGUUUCUUAUAAAUUAAAAAGACAAAAUACUAACCUAUUCCUUUCUGCAUAUGAUAGAAACAUGACUGUUAUGAUUAUAUCAACUCUUUGAAGAUCGUGUCUUGAAGUACAGUUAUUUAAACUGGAAUAGUAAUAUUAUUUAAGAGAUCACUUUGUGGGAGAAAAUAGAUGGGCAAUGAUUCAUUGUUAUUGGUUUAUAUUGUAUUUCUACACAAAAAACAUAUACUUCUGCAUUAUGUCUAUUGAAUGCUUUUCACCAAGAAUACGUUUUUAUUAUUGUUAAACACUGUGUGAAAUAAGAUGUUUCUUUGGUAACAGUAGGUAUGGUCAUGAGAAUUUAUUUAUUUAUUUUUGACACUCGAUGGCAGUCGAUCAUAACAUAUGAAUGCUUAAUGUAUGAAUUACAGAAAAUAAUGCUGACAUUUUCGAUGGAAACUCAACUCGCUUGUCAUUGAUGAUAAAAGUGGUAAAGCGGGCUUGAAUCAUUCAUGUCAAAUGUACGGGCUUUAAAAUCCAAUAACUCAUUUGUUUUGUAAUUCUUACUCUACUGUGCAAAGUACAAAUGGAACAGAUUAUUUGCUUUGAAAGGUGGAUAGGAACGAUCAUGUUGUUUCAUUUGCUACAAAUAUGAAUGCAAUCUUAUGAUGUAGGUGUGCCUAGAUGUACUGUAUAAAGUGCUCUAUAAAUAUUAAUAAUAAAAAAGUAUUCUGCACACGUGCAAGUCAAUGCUUAGAUAGGAGUUUUAGUAUGUGACUUUGUAGGAAUGCAAUUAUUUAUCUGUGCUCAUUGGAAAACUUCUUGUUCUGCCUUUAAAUUUGUGUCAAACUGUUUGCCAAACUUAAUGUGUCCUUCUGUCCUUGUUCUGUGUGUUUGUGUUUAAUCACAGCCUACGAUUCUGAAUUUAUCCAAAUAGUCCAGUGAGAAGGUUCGCAAUCAUGAAAGCUUAAACACUACAUAUACUUAAGUUUGAAAAAUUAACCCUGGUAUAAAAUAUUUAUUAACACUGUACUGUAUGCCACAAAUUCUACAAGUGGAUCUGUUGCGUCAUACUAUCUGAACAUACCAAUACAUUAAAUCCUGUUUUAAUUUUUAAUAUCCUGUUGUAAUUAUAUGAUUUGUUUGUUUGAAAAGCCAGAACCUGUCACUCAAAAUGAUAUACUUGUGCUGUUAAUUUAAUAUGUCACGGCUUUGCCACUUGUUUAUUGCGAUGUUUGACUUUCAAAACCAUAAUUUAUGUCUAUCAAAUAUGUGUCUUUUUUUGUAAAUUAUUAA